GACAACGUCACUACACACUUUCGCGAAUUGACGAUAUACAGUCAACUGAGAAUGGGCAGCCUAAACAACGAAAACAGAUCAAUUCACUCUGACAACAUCGAAGAGGUUCAUAAUGUCCCUAUGGAAGUUAUUAUUAGACCCAUCCCGCCUGUUCUUGAUGAAAAGAAAGUUGAGGGUCUCAUGAACACUUUGAAGGAGACCUCAGACAUCAGUACCGUUCCUCCUAUCGAUGUGUUGUGGAUUACGGGUGAAAAGGGAGGAAAUUACUAUUAUUCGUUCGGAGGGUGUCAUCGGUUUGCGGCAUACCAGCGCCUCGGGAUGAAGACCAUCCCAGCAAAAAUAAUAAAAUCAAACAUUUCAGACUUACGCACCUAUCUGGGCUCAUCCACUCCAAAUCUACAAUGACUGUAAAACGAUUGUUAAUAAAUAAGAGACCAAGGACGACACCGACAUAACACUUAAAGCUGUAGUGUAAUGCUAUUUGACUUGGCGCUGAUGGCAGGGAGAUACCUGUUGCCAUUCCUUCACUAGGCUAUCAGUCGAUGAAUGAGUAGUCACGAGUGGUUUUAUACACUGCAAAGAAUGACCACAAGGUGGAGACGGUCCUCUGUUUAGUGUUUAUUAUUGUUCGAAGUAGAAAUCGUGUCUGUAUAAUAUCAUCAUCUGUAUAUAACUUUUCAUCACAUUUGUAUACUAUGAAAAUGUCAUUCAGAUGAAAAAUCAAUUUAAAUACAAAGUACCUUUCUUCUA